AUGGUAGAUGAUGCUUUGGUCUUUUUCUCCGAAAUGAUUGAGAAAUGUAUGUUGCCUAAUGUUAUCACAUACAGUUCAUUGAUUCGCGGACUUUGCAAUUUUGGUCGAUGGAAAGAGGCUAAAAGACUAUUGAAGGAGAUGGUGGAUCUGAAAAAUUUUCCAGAUGUAUUUACCUUCAGUAUUUUGGUAGAUGCACUUUGCAAAGAAGGGAUGGUAAGAGAUGCAGAGAGUAUACCUAAAAUCAUGAUUCAAAGAGGUGAGGGUCCUGAUGUAGUCACUUACAGUGUUCUGAUCAAUGGAUAUUGUUUGCAAGGCCAGAUGGAUGAAGCAAUGAAAGCAUUCAAUUCCAUGGUGGACAGGGGAAUUAAGCCUGAUGUAGUCACUUACAGUGCUUUGAUUCACAGAUAUUGUUUGCAAGGCCAGAUGGAUGAAGCAAUGAAAGCAUUCAAUUCCAUGGAGGACAGGAGAAUUAAGCCUAAUGUCAUCACUUACAAUACUUUGAUUCACGGAUAUUGUUUGCAAGGCCAGAUGGAUGAAGCAAUGAAAGCAUUCAAUUCCAUGGAGGACAGGAGAAUUAAGCCUAAUGUAGUCACUUUCAGUGCUUUGAUUCACGGAUAUUGUUUGCAAGGCCAGAUGGAUGAAGCAAUGAAAGCAUUCAAUUCCAUGGAGGACGGGGGAAUUAAGCCUGAUGUAGUCACUUACAGUGCUUUGAUUCACGGAUAUUGCCAGAUGGUUGAAGCAAUGAAAGCAUUCAAUUCCAUGGAGGACAGGAGAAUUAAGCCUAAUGUCAUCACUUACAAUACUUUGAUUCACGGAUAUUGUUUGCAAGGCCAGAUGGAUGAAGCAAUGAAAGCAUUCAAUUCCAUGGAGGACAGGAGAAUUAAGCCUAAUUUAGUCACUUACAGUGCUUUGAUUCACGGAUAUUGUUUGCAAGGCCAGAUGGAUGAAGCAAUGAAAGCAUUCAAUUCCAUGGUGGACAGGGGAAUUAAGCCUGAUGUAGUCACUUACAGUGCUUUGAUUCACGGAUAUUGUUUGCAAGGCCAGACGGAUGAAGCAAUGAGAGCAUUUAAUUCCAUGGUGGACAGGGGAAUUGUGCCUACCAAUAUUACUUAUGACAUCUUGAUCAAUGGAUAUUGCAUGCAGAUGAAGAUUGAUGAGGCCAUGCAUCUCUUGCGAGAAAUCCCUCGUUAA